CCAGUCAUCGUCUCCGCAGGCGCCAUGCUCGGAUUCACGCUCGCCAAACUAUCGAAUCUGAAUGUCAGCGGCUCGUCGCCCGGAAGUUUCAAAUCCGAUGCUCCGCCUGGAGAAUGGUACUAUCUCUCGCAAGGCCAUUACCGCUUUGGUCUCACGCUGCAUCUGGCCACCGUCCUUCCAGCUGGCUUGCUCAUGGUCUGGCAAUUUGUUCCAUAUAUUCGAAAGAGAUAUUACACAUUCCAUCGAAUCAACGGAUACGUAGUUGUUAUCUUAAUCGUGUUGAGCAAUGUUGGCGCUCUGAUGAUUGCUAGGAGGAGCUUUGGAGGAGGACUUGAUGCUCAGGCUGCGGUGGGCAGUCUGGCUGUGCUGAGUGCGGUGGCGAUCGGGAUGGCGAUGUGGAAUAUUUGGUGCUUGCAGAUUGAUCAGCAUAGGGCGUGGAUGUUGAGAGCGGUAUUCUAUAUGGGGACGAUUAUUACGAGCAGGAUCAUCCAGAUUGCCACCGCGGAGAUCAUUACUCGGAUCCAAGACUAUAACCAGGUCCAGACAUGUGGACAAAUGGCUUCGAAUUACGGCGGUGCUGGUACCCUCCCUCCAGACGUUGCGGCUAUGUUUCCUCAGUGCUUGAACUCGACUGCAAAUCUACCUGUCGCUGUCCAGGCCGAUUUUCAUGGCAAUCUCGAGCAGGUUGGAGCGAGUCUGGGCCUUGGAUUUGGUAUGGCGUUGUGGAUGGCGAUUCUGCUGCAUCUUGUGGGGGUCGAGAUGUACCUGAAUUUGACGCCUGGUGAGACCAAUAGGAUGAGGGCUGUGAGCUAUGAGAGACAGUUGGAGGGUGGAUGUGCACAUCCUGGAAGUGCGGGAAUAACGGCCGAUAGGUGGGGAGAUGCCCGUCCGUGGCAGCCGGAGGGGAGAGACACGUCAGUCAGGAUUCAGAGCGAUGAGAGGACUUCCUCGACGAUACCGGUUGUGGAGAAAUGAGGGAAUAGGAAUAGAAAAUCUUGGGUUUGCGCAGUUUUUGGCGGUUUUGCUUAGACUUGUCACAAGAAAUGGCCUUGAUUUCCGGCCCCCCAGGAAAAGGGGGUUAAGCGAUGGGAUGGGAGGAG